AUGUCGUCGCCCUCGUCUCUGGUGGGGUCGCUCCCCAUCCGCCUGCGCAAUUUCCUCGCUCGCUACCCUCCGCAAAUAUAUUCCGCGGCUGUCGCGCCGCGUCCAACACCCCCAGAGACCGACGCCCCGGCCGAGACAACCCUUCCGUCACCAUACACGCCAAAUCGUGAUGCAAAGGGCACCCACAAGCCAGACCCCACUGCCUACUCUCCCUCCAUGUCCCUCCUAUACAACAAUCCAGAGGCACCCAAUCCUUUCCUGCCACGGAAGGACAACCGGACGGGGAAAUGGAUGGCACCACGAUUUGGUCUGCGACAACAAGCAGACCUGGUGAAAUUGGCCGCCAAGUACAAGGUGGAGGAACUGUUACCCCCUGGACGCAAGUCAACUGAGUUCAAGGCAACCCGGCUUGCGGAGCGUGGCUUGCGCAUCAAGGGUACGGGUAUUGGACAAAAGGUCAAGGGACACAAGUGGGAGCGGACGAUGGAAUCGAGAUUGGAGGAGCGCCGGAAGGCAAUGACAGAGAUGCCGGAGAUGAUUCGGUUGUGGAGGCAGAGAGGACAUGGCCGUGGCUGGAAGCAGUGGCCCAAGCGGUAA